AUGAGAAUGGUUAUAGUCCUGGCCGGCACGCUGGCCAUAAUCGGCACCCACCUUUUCUUCACUUUCAUCUUAAGAGGCAAAGAACUCCUUUGGGUGGAGACUGAGGAAUCACGUGUCAUCAGUGUUGUGGAGAAGAGCAGGUUCCUGGUGGACAGCACCAUCUGCCACAAUAUGGAAAGAAACCUCAGAAAAAGGGACAUCAUUUCCCCAGCUCAGCUUCUGUCUUUCUCCAAACUCCCGGAGCCAACCAGCAGAGCUGUUUCUCGAGCAGCAGAGAUAAUGGAGACUUCAGUGCAGGCGCUGAGAAGAGCCUCCCACCUGAACCAGCAGUCAAGGGGUCCCACAGAUGCCUUCUCAGAGGACCUGCUCGGUCUAAUCUCCAACAUGUCGGGAUGCUUGCCCUUCAUGACACUGCCCACCUGCCCGGACACCUGCCUGGCCCGCAAGUACCGGCUCAUCACGGGCGCCUGCAACAACAGAGACCACCCGCGGUGGGGCGCCUCCAACACAGCCCUGGCCCGAUGGCUGCCUCCCGACUACGAAGAUGGCUUCAGUCAGCCCCGCGGCUGGAACCACGGCUUCCUAUAUAAUGGGUUUCCCCUGCCCCUGGUACGGGAGGUGACACGAGAGGUCAUUCAAGUUUCCAAUGAAGCUGUCACAGAAGAUGACCAGUACUCUGACCUCCUGACAGUGUGGGGACAGUACAUUGCCCACGACAUGGCCCUCACACCCCAGAGCACCAGCAGAGCUGCGUUUGGAGGCGGAGCUGAUUGCCUGCUGACCUGUGAGAACAGAAGCCCGUGUUUUCCUAUUCAGCUCCCAGAGAACACCCCGCUGGCCGCCCGCCCUGCCUGUCUGCCCUUUUACCGCUCAUCGGCGGCCUGCGGCACUGGGGACCAAGGUGCUCUCUUUGGCAACCUGUCCAAUGCCAACCCGCGACAGCAGAUGAACGGGCUGACCUCUUUCCUGGACGCCUCCACGGUGUACGGCAGCUCCCCUGCCUCGGAGAAGCAGCUGCGGAACUGGACCAGCGCCGAGGGGCUGCUUCGGGUCAACACGCGCCACCAGGACGCGGGCCGCGCCUACCUGCCUUUUGCGCAGCCACCUGCGCCCGCGGUCUGCGCGCCCGAGCCCGGCGUCCCCGGAGCGGUCCGCGCCCCCUGCUUCCUGGCUGGGGACGGCCGCGCCAGCGAGGCCCCUUCCCUAACUGCAGUGCACACGCUGUGGCUCCGCGAGCACAACCGCCUGGCCAUGGAGCUCAAGGCCCUUAACGCGCACUGGAGCGCGGACGCCGUCUACCAGGAGGCGCGCAAGGUGGUGGGCGCCCUGCACCAGAUCAUCACCAUGCGUGAUUAUGUCCCCAAGGUCCUGGGCCCAGAGGCUUUCAAGCAGCACGUAGGGCCCUAUGAGGGCUAUGACCCCACUGUGAACCCCACUGUGUCCAACGUGUUUUCCACGGCCGCCUUCCGCUUUGGCCACGCCAUUGUCGACCCGCUGGUGAGGCGGCUCGAUGCCCACUUCCAGGAGCACCCCAGCCUCCCCAGGCUAGCUCUGCAUGACACCUUCUUCAACCCGUGGACGCUCAUCCAUGGAGGUGGUUUAGACCCUCUGGUCAGAGGCCUUCUUGCAAGACCAGCCAAACUGCAGGUACAGGACCAGCUGAUGAAUGAGGAGCUGACACAGACACUCUUCGUGCUGCCCAACUCCAGUGCCCUGGACCUGGCAUCCAUCAACCUGCAGCGCGGCCGAGACCACGGCCUGCCAGGUUACAAUGCCUGGCGGCAGUUCUGUGGCCUGCCCCGCCUGGAGACACCUGCCCACCUGCACACGGCCGUGGCCAACAGGAGCAUGGCUGACAGAAUAAUGCGCUUGUACCAGCAUCCGGACAAUGUGGACGUCUGGCUGGGGGGCCUGGCUGAGGAUUUGCUCCCGGGGGCUCGCGCUGGCCCACUGUUUGCCUGCAUCAUAGGCAGGCAGAUGAAGGCCCUGAGGGACGGCGACAGGUUCUGGUGGGAGAACAGUGGAGUCUUCACGGACGCACAGAGGCGUGAGCUGGAGAAGCACUCUCUGUCUCGAGUCAUCUGUGACAACACAGGCCUGCCCAGCAUGCCCGUCGAUGCCUUCCGAGUAGGAAAAUUCCCCCAGGACUUUGAGUCCUGUGAGGACAUCCCUGGCAUGAACCUGGACGUGUGGAGGGAGACCUUUCCUCAAGAUGGCAAGUGUGGCUUCCCAGGGAAGGUGGACAAUGGGGACUUCGUGCCGUGUGAGGAGGCCGGGAGGCGCGUCCUGGUGUUUUCCUGUCACCAUGGGUUCGAGCUGCAGGGCCAAGAGCAGGUCACCUGCACCCAGCAAGGGUGGGACGCCCCACCUCCCAUCUGCAAAGAUGUGAACGAGUGUACGACCCUGGCUCAGCCCCCCUGCCAGCCCUCCGCACGCUGCAAGAACACCAAGGGCAGCUUCCAAUGCGUCUGUUCUGACCCCCUCGUGCUGGCGGAGGACAGCAGGACCUGUGUAGACUCUGGGAGGCUCCCGCAGGCGUCUUGGGUCUCCAUUACUCUGGGCGCCCUGCUGGUCGGUGGCUUGGCAGGUCUCACCUGGACAGUGAUCUGCAGGUGGUCACGUUCUGAUGCUAAAUCCACACUGCCAAUCACAGAGAGAGGUGGAGAGGGAACUUCCCAAACGGGAUGUGGAAAACGUCAAGAAGUGGGGACUUCACGGCGUAGUGCUGCCUCCCCGGACAAGGAGCAGCGGAGUCAGUGCGGCACCGCAUGGGCCUCCGUGUCCCUGUGCAUGGCGGGGUCAGUGUGGCAUCACGUGGGCCUCUGUGUCCCUGUGCAUGGCGGGGUCAGUGCAGCAUCAUGUGGGCCUCUGCGUCCCUGUGCAUGGUGGGGUCAGUGCGGCACCACGUGGACCUCUGUGUCCCUGGGCAUGGAGGGGUCAGUGCAGCAUCACGUGGACCUCUGCGUCCCUGUGCAUGGUGGGAUCAGUGCGGCACCACGUGGACCUCUGUGUCCCUGGGCAUGGAGGGGUCAGUGCAGCAUCACGUGGACCUCUGCGUCCCUGUGCAUGGUGGGGUCAGUGCAGCAUCACGUGGACCUCUGCGUCCCUGUGCAUGGAGGGGUCAGUGCAGCACCACGUGGACCUCUGCAUCUCUGUGCAUGGAGGGGUCAAUGCAGCAUCACGUGGACCUCUGUGUCCCUGUGCAUGGAGGGGUCAGUGCAGCACCACGUGGACCUCUACGUCCCUGUGCAUGGAGGGGUCAGUGCAGCAUCACGUGGACCUCUGCGUCCCUGUGCAUGGAGGGGUCAGUGCAGCAUCACGUGGACCUCUGUGUCCCUGUGCAUGGAGGGGUCAGUGCAGCACCACGUGGGCCUCUGCGUCCCUGUGCACAGCGGGGUCAGUGCGGCACCGCGUGGGCCUCUGCGUCCCUGUGCAUGGCGGGGUCAGUGCAGCACUGUGUGGGCCUCUGCGUCUCUGUGCAUGGCGGGGUCAGUGCAGCAUCACGUGGGCCUCUGCGUCCCUGUGUAUGGAGGGGUCAGUGCAGCAUCACGUGGGCCUGUGCAUCCCUGUGCAUGGCAGGGUCAGUGCAGCAUCAUGUGGGCCUCUGCGUCCCUGUGCAUGGAGGGGGUCCUACUGGCAGAUCCCAAAUCCCCCUCUGCAUGUAGGAGCCUUUGCUCCUUCGGGAAACCCGGCAUUCCCAAGCGGAUCCUCAGCUGCCUUGUGGGAACAGGUGGAGCUCCCUGGCGUCGGAAACUGCGUAACAGGAGGGACACAGUGACCCAAGUCACCUGGGAGCACAGGUUCCGAAUGUACAACCCCUACCCUACUCCAGCCCUCACCGACAUGAGUCCUGGCCACCUCAUUUGGGGUGCGGCUUUUGAGCAAAGCGGCCUCUCAGUGGAGAAGAAAACGGGGAAACUUGACCCUGGCAAAUGCUGCGCGCACAGCACCACCUUCUGGGAGCAGGCAGACCGGGGAAUGAGGGUGAGAGGUCGGGGAAGAACACUCACAGAGGCACUCAUCUUCUGGACUUUGCUGCUGAGCUCAGAAAACGAAGGUAUCUGCCCCCCAAAGUGA